UCGGGUUUCCUAAAAGCAGAAUCGGAUUCUACAAAUAUCGACUAAAAGGUGUUCAUAAACGCCCACCCCAGAAAGCUUCAAUGGCGGAGAAACCCCAACCGGUGCGGGUACUGUACUGCGCACUAUGCUCUCUUCCGGCAGAGUACUGUGAGUUUGGCCCUGAUUUUGAAAAGUGCAAGCCUUGGCUUAUCAAGAACGCUCCCGAAGUCUACCCCAAUCUCCUUCAAGAGGCUCAUGAAAAGGAGGCUGAAAGGGUUUCUGAACGGCUCCAAUCAGUUGGAAUCUCUGCAGGGGCUGCUGAUGAAGCGACUCUGCCUUCCCAAUCAGUUUCGGGGGAAGCGUCAUCAUCCAAGCCUGAGGAAGUCAAGCGACUUCCCGGUGGAAAAAUCAAGAAAAAAGAGAAACAAGAAGUUGUUAUUGAGAAGGUUGUACGCAACAGGCGUAAAUGCAUUACUUCUGUGAAGGGAUUAGAAUUAUUUGGUAUCAAACUUGGUGAUGCUUCAAAAAAGCUUGGGAAAAAGUUUGCAACCGGAGCAUCAGUUGUUAAGGGGCCAACUGAGAAGGAGCAAAUUGAUGUUCAAGGAGACAUAGCCUAUGAUGUUGUGGAAUUUAUCACUGAGACCUGGCCUGAAGUGCCGGAAACCGCUAUUUACUUCAUUGAAGACAGGAAAAAGGUUCCAGCAGUGUGAUGGCAUUGUUUUCUGAAUGGAACUGAUGCUGCAACGGGUUUUGAUGAAACAGUCCUGAUUUGAUUUGACAGAAUGGAGCAUCUUAGUUAUGCUUUUUGGCAGAAAAUUCAUAGAUCUGCUAUGUUUUGAGUCAAAAAGGAUGUUGUAGAUUUGAUAGUAAUAAUUUUGUGGGAAUGAAUAUGAUGAUAUACUAUCUAUACCAACAAGUCAGUCAUCAAA